UCCCACUUUUAGAGUCGUGUCACGUCUCCAUUUUUUCUAUUCCCUCACAUCAACCUCACCCUGUUGUCAUCUCCCUCCCCCACCCAACCUAGUUCUCUCUCACUCUGUUUUCCUCACCGGAACCUCAGCUCCGACGCAUCUAGGUGGGGCAGCCUGUGCCUCGCCGCCGAGCGGUGCUACUACGGCGAGCCCCCUCAUCUGCCGGCGUUGCGCGACGCCAGCCGCCGGCGAUUUGCUCCGCACGGAAGAGCAUUUUUUUAGGGGAGUUAUAAAAAUGUCAGGCCUUUUUAGUGGGAUACAAGCUGCGAUGGUUAUAAACCGUGUAGAAAAUAGUGACAAAUCUGUUGAAGAUUGGAAUAGCGACGGUGAUGGAUCAGGUUGUUCAACGGGGGUAGCUGGAACACCAUGCUUCACCUCGCGGUUAUCUGUGCUAAAGGCUGCUUCAGUAAUUGCUCAGUUUAGCGAAUUUAAGAGGCAGUUAGUUAGCGAAAUCGGUUUUGGAGGAAUGUUAGAGUUGAAGUCAUGGCAAAAGAUUAAUCUGAAAUACAGUGCGUACUUGAUGGAUAGAGUUGAUUUAGAUUCAUGCUCCUUGAACCUGGAGUCACAGGGGGUGUUGGAUUUGGUUGACAAGAAUAUAAAUUAUGUAUUUGGCAUCCCAUGUGGCAAUCUAACCAUUCAAGGUGAAGGCGUUGAACCAUCUGAAGCUUGUAUUGAGUACACGCGUGUAGCAGCAUCAUUCGGUGAGAAAGGCACACACAGCCUAAAAGCUGCUGAAUCAAUCUUGCUUGCACCCAUAACAGAACAAUCAACGGAAACAGAGAAGCAUUGUUUCAAAAUUGCCUUUGUGAUUUUCAUCAUUGGACAUGUGCUUGCUCCGACCGCCAAACAUGACUACAUAUCAGUAGAUUUUUGGGCUGCACUGAACGAUGUCAACAAGAUCAAAGAUUGGAACUGGGGGGCAUAUGUGCUGAAGAAUUUGUUACAAGCAGUUAGGAAGUUCAAAACCGAUGUUUCAAAGAGGAACCCAACUAUACAUAUAGUUGGAUGCCAUCUGUUCCUGCAGGUGUUUGUUCUCGACAACUUAGAGCUCGGUCUACUAAACAAGCAACAAGGAGUAACACCAAGAAUAGGCUUGUACGAUUAUGAGUCAAUGAAAAAGAUGGUCGAGCAAAUCACAGUAAACAUCCCAGGUGGUGAAGUCACUUUCAGCGGUGGCAAGGUCAGGGAUGAUACGCCUGCAAGGGGUAUUGAGUCACAUGUAAAUGUUGCGGGCACAGGAAAGAUUGCCAAACCAGCUUUCAACCCGAAAAGAGCAAGUACUCCAUGCUCGCCAAUGUUGCGAUCUACUUACACGAAGAAUGGCGGCACGUAACCCUUCAAAAGAUGGUUUGCGCUCUCACUCCGUUGAGUGCUUGUCAUCCUAGCACAGAACACCCCUUGGAAAUACAGCUUUGCCCAUUUAUGCCUCACCUCAUAUAUCUGCGUCAAGAAUGGAUGCUUCCUCAGCGAGUACUUCUCCAACAUCUGGUCCCAUCCAGCCUCAAAUUCUUCUUCAGUUAUCAUGUGAUGGACAAGCUUGUGGAACUCCAGUUUGAAAUUGCUGUUCUUGCUCCAGAGAACACCCAUGGAUUCCUUAGCCUUUUUCAAAACAUGCCAUUUGCACCAACGGUGCACUGUGUUUGGCAGCUCUGCUUCAAUAGCAAGCUCCAUAGACCGUGCUUGAUCUGCAUUUUCGUAUAGAAGCAAAAACAAAUGAAAAAAAUGAUCGGAUCAGGCAACGUGCUGGUUACUAUAACGCUAAAAGAAUGUUGUUAUGAAAUGGAAUUAUGGUGUUAUGCACACAAACCUGUAAGUAUUGUCUGCGGAUGUUUGCCACCCACCAUGCAGACAAACUCCCUGAAUAUCCAUUUGAAUGUUUCCUC